AUGUAUCCGAGUGUCGGUUUUCACCCUCUCCUGGCCUUACUUCCCUCGCUCCUCCUCGUGGUCGUCUCCGCUUCCGAGUCUGACCACAAGGUACGUGCACCAUGCUCGGGUGAUCUCCGCGCAUCCAGCUUUGCGUGUUAUCUCUGGAAUCCCUCACCGCGGAAUCCAUCGGGAACUGCGAAUUGCGAUCCGUGGUGUACUCAGGAAGAAGGGCCUGUAGGGCUCCUCUUCAGAUCUACGGAUUACUUGGCCAUAAUUUGGAGGAUUUGUGUCGGUACCUGUGGUAUUACGUUGCGGUGGCUCGACCCCGGUAGCGUAUGAUGUUCAUUCUGGACUGAUCGAUCAAGCUGGCUAAAAGAGAGGGACUCUAUUGAGUGAAUGUUUUUACUUUUUGUUAUACGUCUGUGACAGGAAUUUCCUCUUAAAUUCGUGGUAGUUCGUUGGUAUAUUUUCCGUCACCUACUGUUUAGAGAUCUUGGCGAACCUGCUGUAGCGGUCUACUGUUAAAAGUGUUACUCUUCUGAAGACUGUCUGAAUGAUCUGUAGAAUUAAUUGCCCCUGCUAAGUGGAUUGCAUUGGUGCGUCAGCCCAUAUCUUUUCAUGGACAUUUGCACCGAGGCCGAUUGAAUUUUAUAGAUAUUCAUACUCCUGAGCUAAUAGGCUGUGGCUUGAACUGGAUUGGACAUUGCUGUUGUAGACCAUAUCAUACUAUAAUAGAAUUCUCAUAUUUCCUCUAAAAUUUACCUGGUGAUUAUUCUCGUCCGUCUUCAACUUUUCAGUCUUUAAUAUUGACAAUAAAUUUUGCAUCCAUUAUAACUUUCGAGGAUGUCUCAAUUAAAUUAAUUAGUCUAUUUGAAAAAAAUUAUAAAUGUUUAUAGUUUGAUAGUACCAAAUCGUGGGAUACGAGAAGAGAAUCAACAGAAUGUCUUAGACAGACGUACCAACAAGCACCCAGGAUGGAAAUCCUGACAUUUUAGUUUAUAAGGAAUACUAAUGUUAGGUAUCAAGUGAAUUGAUGUCUUGUCUUUAGCUGUGCAUUGUUUAGGGUAGUGACUUGUGAGGGUGUGACCAUAGAUGUUAUGGGGUAAUUAUCAAAAAAAUGGCAUGGUGGAUAGCGUGCGGUAAAUGUGUGAUAUUUAGAAAUUGACUUUCAGAAACGAUUGGCCAGACCAUAGAGCAAGAUAUGACCUAGUCUUCUGAAAAUUUAAAAUCAUUAAAACCUCGAUACACGCAUCAGUAUGAAUUCGAGCAGCAGCCUGCACAUAAGGCCUAGUGUAGUCAGUCUGGAAAAUUUUCAGCUGGUAUUGAAAGAUGAGGCAUUGUUUACCUGGUGAUUCUCUUAGGGUAGAUUUCCUUUCUUAUUCGAAGGUCAAGGGCAAAUAAAUUGGGAACAUUGUCUUAUUUCUAUUAUUGUUUGUGCAUAGGACAUGAGAAUCUAAUUCUGGCCGGAACUUAUAGCAUUUGCAAAUGCUGCAAGAAGUGACUACAGAAAUCUCCAGCCGUUGUCUUGAAGGCCACUGUUUGACUGAGCAUCUUGGGGUCACUGGUUGAAGAUGGAAGAAUAUUUGAUGGUUAUCAGCUGUUUGCAACCCUAUAAUGUAUUGUCGAUAGAAGUUUUUUUUUUCCCUACAAGGGGAUGAAUGAGCAAAUGUUGAGGCACUCUCAUGCGAAUAAAAUAUUGUGGUUAAUAUUCAGUUGGAUGGCUGGCAAUUUGGUACGCUAAUGUGAGGUAUGGGCGUUCAAUCUAUUGAUGAAUGAAAGACCUCAAUAAAUCCUUCUUCCAAUGAUAACAGGAUAAGCUCUUUCCCGCUUUGGUAACUUUUCUACUCUUUAUCAUCUAAAAUGACUUUCCAUAUGAAAUGGUCAGAUGAGAUUCACACGCAAGGGUAAAAUACCUACCUGUGAUGGGGCCUCCACUAGUGAGGUUGUGGAAGGGUUUUAAUUGUUUGUGGGCCUCCUCAACCUUAAAAUCGGCGAGCAGUGGCUACAAAAAUUGUGAUCUUUGAUUGCGUGCCUCUUGGAGGAAUUGGCCAGUGAAUGAUAGAAAAUGGAGCCAUCAUUUUGAACUUAAGAUAACCUGUUCUACAACGAAUGGAAACUGCUAGUGCUGCUCACGUCUCUCCCUCUACCCCCUCCUUCUCUUUGUCUAUCUAGGUAUCUUAUUUAUGUAUCGGAACUGGGAUUUUCUAUGACCCUUACCAGCUUUUUAUGAUUUUCAUUGCAGUAUCAAGUGAAUGACAAUGUUACAUUGUGGGUAAACAAGGUUGGGCCCGACUAUAACCGCCAGGAAACUUAUAACUAUUAUAGCCUUCCUUUCUGCCAGCCUGCUGAGAACCCAGCUCAUAAGUGGGCUGGGCUUGGGGAGGUACUUGGCGGGAAUGAGCUUAUUGAUAGCCAGAUUAAAAUAAAUUAUCGAAGUACGUAUCACUCUAUCCUGUAUUUUCAAUGAUUAUCCUUGAUGAAUUGAUUAUAUCAUAGCAAAGAAAAAAUUCUGGAAUCCAGUAUUGGAGAUCUGUAUUUCUUUGGUUGAUCAUCUAUCAAUAUGCUUGGUAGGAAAUGUUGAGAAGGUUUCAAUUUGUACUAUUGAACUUGAUGCUGCAAAGGUGAAGCAGUUCGAGGAUGCAAUCGACAACUUGUAUUGGCUUGAAUUAUUCAUGGGUAUGUUGUUAAAUUUCUCGAUCUUUUGCUUUCUUACCUCCCGGAGCCUCAACCCUAUAACAUUUUUCAUUGCUUCAUCUUUAUUUUUUGUUUCCUCUGAUUUCUGAUUCGUUUCCUUUUUCCUUUUGGUCGCCAUGCGUCAUUCUCCUUAAUCAGACGAUUUGCCUUUACAGGGUAUGGGCACUUUCUCCUUUUUCAGUGUCGUCAUAUGCCAUCUUUCAUGUCUUCCUUCAUUGCAUAUUGAUCUUACACUUUGUAAAGUUGUGGUCAGGCUAUGUUGGGGAAGUUCGUGCUAGUAAAAGAAAUGAAGAAAAAUAUUACCUUUAUACUCACAAGGAUAUCGUCAUCAAAUACAAUGGUGAUCAGGUUUGUGGUCUACUGUGUUAGCAUAUAUGCCACACUUUUUUAAUGACAUAUUACCUUCCUUUUCAAUCCACUAUUUGAAAAAUGUUUUGAUUUUCAGAUCAUCCAUGUAAACCUCACUCAAGGGGGUGCUAAACAUUUGGAAGUUGGGAAAGGAUUAGAUAUGACGUACUCUGUCAAGUGGAUUGAGACAGAUAUUCCAUUUGCAAAGCGCUUUGAUGUUUACUUGGACUAUCCUUUCUUUGAGCAUCAAGUAAUUUCUUUUUCAUUGAACAUUAUAUAUAUGGUCCUACUGAUUUAACUCUAGCCGCAGUUUCUCUCCUUUCUACCUUCUUUCUCUGCAUUCUAUUUCAUUUUUACUGCUAUGUAUCUCAGCUCAACGUGAACAUUUCUUUUGGCAGAUCCAUUGGUUCUCGAUUUUCAAUUCGUUUAUGAUGGUCAUCUUCCUCACCGGUUUGGUGUCGAUGAUAUUGAUGCGAACUCUGAGAAAUGACUAUGCAAAGUAUGCUCGUGAAGAAGAAGAUCUUGAGACCCUCGUAAUUGACCAUGCCAUACCAUCAUCAUUGCUUCGCUUUCCUCUUUCUUUCCUAGUUUUAUAUGAUUAUUUAGUAUGCAUUUGAUGCCCAAAUCGCUAUAUACCACUUCGUUGUGAAGAAUGUUUCCAUUUAUCUAGGAAAGGGAUGUGAGUGACGAAUCUGGAUGGAAGCUUGUGCAUGGAGAUGUCUUUAGACCUCCAUUCGGUUUGGCUCUGCUUUCUGCUCUCGUUGGUACAGGUGCUCAGCUUGCUCUGCUUGUUCUCCUCGUCAUUCUAUUGGCCAUUGUCGGAACGUUGUAUGUUGGGUAAGUUAUCACAUGGCCUUCAUAUUUUCAGAACAGGACUCUGACCUUCUCUUUGACCUGUUUUCAGUAACUGUUUCAUGACCUUCAGAUUAUCCAUAUAUACAUAUAUAUAUAUAUAUAUAUAUAUAUAUAUCCUUUUUUUUUUGGUUUUCUCUGGGGCCGGGUUUGGAGGGAUUGUGGUUGGGGAAAUGGGAGGGUGCAGCCAUUAGGGGUUGUGUUAGGGUUGAGGGACACCAGUAAGAAAGGCCACACAAACAAUGGCAAGGGUGAUGGUCCUCUGGGAUUUGGAUAAGACAUUUUCAGAGCUCAGAAUCAGCCUGGAUAAGCACUGGAACGGGCUCCCAUGCCUACCCAAUCCACUGAUGCCCGCCCCUCUGUUGUUUAUUGCCUGAAGGAGAUCCUCCACAAAUAGCUACUGUUUGUAAGCUCACCUACGACAACUGCCCAUUGUAUAUCUUUUUCACCAGUAGAUUUAAUUCGUUGAGAAGUAAAUAAGAUUGACUUUGAGGGAUGGUGGUAUUGAUGAUUCGCUAGUUGCUUUAUGGUUUGACUUUGAACCCUAGAAAUGUUUCACAAGUCAGAAAAGACGAAACUUUGGAGAGUCUCUGCAUUUACCCAUUUGUCAGCACAGCACCCUUCAUGUCCUUACAUUUUUUUAUAAUUUCUUUUUUUGUCCAGACGUGGAACAAUUGUCACGACCUUCAUCGUAUGCUAUGCGCUGACUUCAUUCAGUUCGGGCUAUGUUAGUGGUGGACUUUACUCACGCAAUGGUGGUACGGAUCUGCACACGUUUGACUCCCUGGCGUUGAAAAUUGCUGGAAGCCAUUGAAAUUUGGCGACUCUUCAUCCCCGGUUCUACCAGCAUCCCUUUAAUAUGCAUUCCCAUUUGAUUGAAUUUUGCCCAGGUAAAAGCUGGAUAAAGACGAUGAUCCUGACGGCAUCACUCUUCCCAUUCUCGUGCUUCGGUAUUGGGUUCAUUCUAAACACAGUUGCUAUCUUCUACGGGUCACUGGCUGCUAUCCCCUUUGGAACGAUGGUGGUGAUGCUCAUAAUCUGGGCGUUUGUAUCGUUCCCCCUGGCGCUCCUCGGCACCGUUGUGGGAAGGAACUGGAGCGGUGCCCCGGACAAUCCUUGCCGCGUGAAGACCAUCCCUCGCCCCAUCCCACAGAAGAAAUGGUACCUGACGCCGUCGGUUAUCUCGCUCAUGGGGGGUCUUCUGCCCUUUGGCAGCAUCUUCAUCGAGAUGUACUUCGUCUUCACUUCGUUUUGGAGCGACAAGGUUGGCAUACGCUAGGCAGAUAUAAUACCUCUCCUUUAGUUAAAUUUCAUCCACAUUAGGCCUCCUAGUUGCUACUCCUCUUUUAGUUAGAUUUUCAUCCAUAUGAGGGCUUCUUAAGUACCUCCCUUUUGGCUUGUCCUCCUACGUACUCCUCCACUAGUUAGAUUUCAUCGUCGACAUCAGGCUUCUUAAGUACCUCUCAUUUGCUUAGAUUUCAUCCACAUCAGGACUCAAGAAUUGCCUCUCCUUUGGUCAGAUUUCAUCCACAUUAGUCCCCUUUUUUUUGCUAGAUUCUGCAUACAUUGGGCCUCUAAAUUCUCAUUUUUUUUGCUAUUUCAGGUCUACUACGUGUAUGGGUUCAUGCUUCUGGUGUUCCUGAUCCUCCUAAUAGUGACCAUCUGUGUGACCAUCGUGGGGACCUACUUCCUGCUGAACGCCGAGAACUAUCACUGGCAGUGGACUUCCUUCUCCUCCGCGGCCUCCACUUCAGCCUACGCGUACCUCUACUCCAUAUACUACUACCACGCGAAGACCAGGAUGUCGGGUCUCUUCCAGAUCAGCUUCUACUUUGGGUACACGCUGAUGUUCUGCCUGGGCCUGGGAAUCCUCUGCGGUAAGUCCUUUUUUGUCCUGCAGAUCUCUGCUCUGCCCAUCAACAUUUGUCAUCCCCCCCUCCAUUUUUUUUCUAUUUUUUUUAUGCCCUCUGGAGUUCCAGCCAUCAGUUUCUCUCACUAAAUUCCUCUUAAGCCCCAUCCUGCAAGACCAGUUUCUCUCACUAAUCUUCCAUGCGUUUCUAGAUUUAUUUUUAUGAUAUUUGUGAGGUGUAAGAUUCCCAGCAUUGUCCCGUUAAUGUGGGUAGGAUUUCCGGGUUUCCACCGUAUGAUUCAUGUCAGAUUCCAAGGUUGUUCGCUUUAGUUUCUAUGAAUUUCGUUCUAGUCGCUACUAGCUUUGGUCCAUUUUAUGCGCUGACGGUGAUGUGUUUCUUUCUAUCUGUGCUCACCCUCAGGCGCUGUGGGCUACUUGGGCUCGUCUCUCUUUGUGCGCAGGAUCUACAGGAACAUCAAGUGCGACUGA